AUGUCAAUAGAAGAACAAGAUGACAUCUUUAACUUUGAUUUUGACGAUGAUGUGUUUAUAACAAAAGAAGAAAAAGAAAAAUUAAAUAUAUCCAAAGUUAAUUAUGAAGCUAAAUUAGAAACCGAUGGAUGGUUUCAUAAUCAUAAUAAAAGCAUCGAUGAAAUCAUGUUAGAACAACAUGGGGCUAAUCAAUUAAGAAAUGCGAUUGAACAUGAUUAUUUUUAUAAAAGAUAUGAUCGAGCUUUAACAAAUGCACUUGGAUAUAUUCGAGUUGCUCAAAACAAUAAAGAAUGCAAAGUAUCGGGAACAAAAGAAAUGACUGAUAUUGCAAUGCAUUGUGCAGCAAAGCUUGAGAAGUUAGAUGUGUUAAAAGAAUUAUUGUGGAAUAAAUCACAUACACAAGAUACAGGGUUAUUCUUAUUAAGAGCCAAGUUUUAUCCAUUAGUAGAAGCUUAUGGAGAAGCAAUAGAUGCAUGUAUCGCCUAUAAUAAAGAAAGAAGUUCAGAUUAUCGGGUUUGGUCUCUGAUGGCAGAUACUUUUAUGAAAUCAGCAGCAACUAAGCCUUUAUUAAAAAAGGACGAAGAGAUGCGGUAUCAUUUAGCUAACUUAUGUAUGAGACGUGCUAUUCAUAUCAUGACAAAUUUUCGAUGGAAAAGAAAUAUUGACUGUGUAAAUGCAAGAUUUGUAAAGGAUCUCGAAGGACUUCAAUCACGUUUACAACAAACUAUAGAUCAUGACGGUGAUGUUGAUAAAUUUAUAAGCUGGAUGAAUGACAACCAUCAACAAAUAAAAAAAGAACAACAAAGGGCAAAAGGAUUAGAUGAAUUUGCCUGGGAUGAUAUUGUUUGGAUCCAUAAAGAUUGGGCUUUACGCGAUUUUUCUGACAAAGUAGAUGAAGACUAUAAACCAGUUAAAGACUUAUAA